AUGGGUUAAUCUUCAUCUUCCUUAUUACGAAAUGAGCCAUAAGAAUAAUAUAAUAGAUGUUAAGCAGCUCAAGAUCAUUGGGCCAAAAAGUAUGAAAAAGCUCAAUAAAAAAUGGAAUCUGAAGUAAAUGAAUAAGAUUUAAUGAGUCUUUAGGGAAUGUCUUCUAUUUAAUAUAAUGAACAUUAAUAGCAAUAAUAAUAGAAAAUUAAUUAAAUAGAUGUAAAUAAAGAAUUAUUGAAUAUUGAUUAAAGUAGUUCUUAGGAAAUCAUAAAACAAUAAAUAAUAUAAUAAUAAGUAGAGGAUGAAUAAAUUGAAGAAUAUUUUGAAAAGUAAAUCAAUUAACCUUAAAAUGAAAUUAUCCACUUAAGUCCAGAAGAAGUAGAACAUAUUUGGCUUUCAAAGAUAUUUAAAAUUGAUGUAAAUAAUUAGGUUAUUAAUGAAAAAAAGGUUGAGUUUAUUACUAAAAAUAAAUACCUUUCUGUUCAAUAUAUUAUUGAUGAAUUAUGUUAUACAUUGUUAACAUGUUCAUAAUUUAGAGAAUCAGAAAAAUUUGAAUAUCUUAUAGAAGUUCUAAUAAAUAUCACAUAUGUAGAAAUUUAGGAAUAAUUUAUUAAAGUAUGUGAUGGAAAUAUUGAGAAAAGCAAGUAUUAUGAAAUUCUAAAUAAUUUGUAAGGGUAAUUAAUAACUUGCAUUUUAUAUCCUGAAGGUUUAGAGUGGGAAAAGUAUGAUGAAGAUCCUAAUAGAAAGGAUGAUAAUAGAAAUUAAAGGGCAUCCUUUUUUUAUAAUAAAAUAUUUAGCUCAAAUUAAUAAGAAAUCUAAUCAGGAAUAUUACAUAAUUUGCUUGAUUAUAUUAAUACAAAGGUUAGUGCUGAUGAUAUUCAAAAAUUUAUGGAUUUAAUGUUUAAGAGAGAAUUUGAUCUUAAUGCUAAUUGGUCUCUUGAUUCUUUAAAUUAACCAUUGUAAACUCUAAACUUAUUAUAAAUUAUUGCAGAGUAUCAAAAUAUUAUGGAAAUUAUUUUAUUAAACAGUUGGGCUUAUGGAAAAUUUAAGUUAAUAUAAAUUGGAUAACAAUUCUAAAAUUACAGCAUUAUUGGUAAGAUCUUAAGUGGUAGUUUAUUUUAUACAGAUUUUUUAAAUGAAAAAAAUAAGUUUACUGGUGAUUACAGUACAUUGACAAAAGAGAAAGAUAUUUAUAGAAUCUAAAUAUUUAAUUUGAAUGAUGAAAUUUGCAAUUUAUUCACAAAAAUAUUGAAACAUAAAUCUAAUGUUCUUAAAAUGAAUUUUUACACUUUCAUUUCAAAUAUUAUAACAUUGAAUCUAAAUUUAGAAAAGUUAUUCAAUUAAUGGUUGUAAUUAUAAUGUUGUACUCCUGGAUUAAUAUUUAAUUUACAUUAUAUUUUACUUAAAAUGUUUAAUCCAUGGAUUGAUGAUUAAAAUAAAAUAGAUUUGAGAAUUAAGAAUAUUUAAUUAUAAUUGUUUAUUGUUUUAAAAGAACAUCCGUUAUUUUCAACAAUAUAUUAAAAUAUUGAUUUACUUGCUCCUGAUUUAAUACCUUUAUAAGAAUUAUUAGAAGUUGAAACAAAAAUAGAUCCAAUGACAACAAUGUUUUUGUUAACUUAAAGAAUUAAUCAUAUUGUAGCUACAAAUAUUGAUUAAUUUUAUUAUAAUGGAAUUUUAAUUAGAUAAAGAGAUAUAGCAUAAUAGUAUGGUAGAGAAUCUCCUUAAUUUAAUGAAAUUUUGAGAAAAAAAUUAUCAUUUGAUACAUAAAUUUUGUAUCCAAAUACUAUAAAAUAUACUAUGUAAUUUUUAAGCUUUUCAAGUCAACUUGCAAUGAGUAUGAUAGAUUAAAAUAAUAAACCUAAAUAUCCGUAUGGUUUAUUGCCAUCUAGUUUUGUUAAUGAUACUCAUUCAUUCUUUACUGUUUACAAUUCAAAUGAUGAAAUUCUUAAAUAUUCUUAGGAAUUAGAAAAGUGUUGUGAAUUUGCCAUAUUUGCUAUGGAUACUAGAAAUAUAACUAAUCCACAUUUAAGAAUAAAAGGAAUAGAACUUUUUCAUAUUUUCGAUUAAAGCAAAAUGAAUAAAAGAGGAAUUCUAUAACCUUAAUCUUAUGAUUUUAUAUUUAGAAACAAUUAGGUUAUUAAAAAACAUAUGAUUGGUGGAAUACUUAAAGUAUUUAUUGAUUGUGAAAGAACAGGUGAAGGUAAUUAAUUUUAUGAAAAGUUUAAUUUCAGAUAUCAAUUUUGUAAAUUAAUAAGAUUUUUGCUUGAGAAACACAAGGACAAGUAUAAUCUUUUAUUAACUUAAACUGUUGAAAGAGAAAAAGAAAUGUUCUUAACUUUUGCUAAUUAUUAUUUAAAUGAUAUGAUAUUUUUAUUGGAUGAAUGUUUAACCAGAAUGAAGAAAAUGAAAAAUUUAGAAUCUUAAUUAUAAGAUAUGGAAUAAAAAUAAGAAUAUUCAAAACUAUAAUCAGAAUUAAAAACUUUUACUAUUUUUUUAUAAGAAUAUUAUAAGAAUAUUUAAGUUUUUAGUGAAGUUCAACCUGAAGCAUUUUUAACUGAUGAAAUUAGAGAUAAAUUAGCUAAUAAUCUUAAUUACACAUUAGAACAAUUAAAUGGCAAAUAGGCUGUUCAAUAUAAAAUACAAUCAUUAGAGUCUGUAAAUUUUGAUCCAAAAUUAAUUAUGGGAAAUGUGAUUGAAUUAUACAUAAAUUUUAGUUCAAAUGAAAAGUUUUUAAUGCAAGUAGUUAAAGAUGAUAGGUUAUAAUAUAAUAUAUAAUGAAGGUGUUUUUCCAUAGAAUUAUUCUAAGCGACAAUAAAUUUAUUAGGCAAACAUCACAUAAUUCCAUAUCAAAGAAUAUUAUUAUUUAGAGAAUUAAUAAUUAAACUUUAAGAAUAUGAAGAGAAAUAAAAGAUUAUAAAUUAAUUACCAGAUGAUGUUCCUGAUGAGUUUUUGGAUCCAUUAUGUUAUUCUUUAAUGACAGAUCCAGUUAAAUUACCUCAUUCUAAUGUAAUAUUCAAAUAGAUAUCAAAUUAGGUAAUUGUUGAUAGAUUAACAAUAAAAAAAUAACUAUUAAAUUAAUAGAUUGACCCAUUUGAUAGAACUCCAUUAACAAUUGAAAUGGUUAUAGAAUAACCUGAAUUAAAAUAGAGAAUUGCAAAAUUCAUUGAAAAUUUAGAAAAAAAGAAAACUAAUUAACAAUUAAAAUUGUAUAAGAAGAACAUUGAAAACAAUACAGUUUUAUAAUGA